AUGAUGAUUAAAAUAAUUUUUAUAAUUUUAAAUUUAAUUUUAAUUUUAAAUCCAAGUUAUGGUUACCAAUAUACAUCUGUUCAAUAUGAAAAACAAGGAUGUGGUGGUCAAAUUGUUGCAAUGCAAGCAUCAACAUUAUGUUCACCAUUAGGUAGAUUCAAGUAUGCAGGUAAUGGAAUUGUUCAAUACACUUAUGCCAAUGAAAUCAAUUCAAUCGAAGAAUGUACUAGUGUUACAGAAUAUAAUGUCAACCAAACUUUAACUGUUUGUCAAAAUGAUUAUUUCAAAUUUUACUUAAAUGAAGAGAAUCCAGUAGCUUUAGCAGAAGGUUUUUGUGGUACUGUUAAAAUGUUUGAUGACAAUUGCGAUUAUUUACAAAUCAAUUCAUAUGUCACUGGUGCUUGUGAAAAAAUUGACAAUGCUGAACAAUGGUAUCGUUAUGUUUGUGAUGGUACUACCGUUAACCGUUACACUUGUACCAAAGAUUGCUCCAAUGCUGAUAAUCUUGGAACCUGUACCCUCGAUCAAGCUUUACCAACAAUUGAAUCUUGCAAAGUUCCAGUUAAAAAAUUAUCUGAUAUCAUUGAUGAUUCAGAAAAAGGCAGUAGCUCCAAUUCAAGUUCCAAAUUAGUUUUCUCUGUAUUUGCAAUUUUAUCAUCAAUUCUUUUAAUUUUAUUCAAUUAA